AAAAAUACCUGGUGCUAAUUUCUUCUCAAUUCAAAUACAUAAAUAAAUAUUAAUAAAAUGGCGGGCCGCGACACAUUCCAGCUGCGUUUCGCGGCUGUCGCGGCAUCCGCCGCCGUAUUGAUCUUUCUCAUGGCUGGUCAAGUCGCGGAGUCGCGUAUGAUCAACCUCUGCUCUCACACCGCGUAUCCAUCUUUGUGCCGACCUCUGGUGAAACGUGUCACGAGCCCUAGAAAAGCCACGCACCGAACCAUCCAGGCUUUGGAGGCUAAGACCAAACUAGCUCUAGCCGAAGCAGCUAGGUUCAAAAACGGUAACCAAGCGGUCAACACGUGUUACGAGACACUGAGCGAUGCGGUUUACAAUUUGGCGAGCGCGAGAAAGAGCAUAAGGAAACGCAAUGUGCCGGCGAUGAACACGUAUCUAACUGCGGCAGUGUCUGAUUACGGUGCAUGUGUGGACGGGUUUAUUGAAACACGUCAGGUUAAUGCGAUCCAGAAUGCAGUGGUUGACUUGAGAAAAAUUAGCAGCAAUUGCUUGACGUUGUCUACAUUGAUUAGAUGAUCGAUUAAAAAGAACAUUUGAUG